GUGGCUCAUAUAGAUAUAUGUAUAAUAGGUACGUUGCAAUAGAUGAAAGUCAAGUUGAACGAGUGACAUGACAAGACAUGUAUGACUUUUAUUCAGAAACCCCGGCGUGCUUCUCAGCAAGACUGACCGCUCGACAGGGCGUACGGCCUGCCUGCCGACCCGAUGGAACAUAUGCGCCGGUUCAGUGUCACGCGGAGACCGAGUAUUGUUGGUGCGUAACGCCGCAAGGCCGGCCGUUGCCCGAUACAACGGUAAGAUACAAAAAACCAAGAUGUUUGAGAGCCGGUUCCAGACCUGCUGCUGCUUCUACUAGGAGUGGCCAAAAGCGACGCUCACCUGCAGUCGGUAGGAAGCAACGUAGUCAGUACGUUAGCAAUAGACAUCGAAAUACGUGCGAUCGUACCGAAAAGUCCAAGUUUAAUGGAAAUCUCAUCGAGAACUUCAAAAUUGAAUACAGGCGGACUAACAUAUCCGCUGAGGAUGAUAAGAAUGUCGAACGGGUGUUGUCGUGGAAAUUUCUUAUGCUGGACCAGAACGCGGACGGCUACUUAGAUAAGGCUGAGUACAAGGAGCUCAGAAGACUCGCCAAGAAGGCGGUGAGACCGAAGAAGUGCGCACGCACGUUCGCCCGCACGUGCGACCUAAAUCGGGAUUUAAAACUAUCCAAGCAGGAAUGGGGUGCUUGUCUCGCCAAUGAUUUCACUCGUAAGUUACAUACAUACAUAUACUAUACGUGUCUUUUUUUUAAUUAAGAAUUUAGUUUGUUGGGCACGAGUAAGCAAGCACGACAAGCAUGCACAUGAUUUCUUAAAUUGUCGGCAGUAUCAUCUUCUCUCGCUCUAAUGUCGAAAUAAGGAUGAUAUGUAUUUCACGCGCGCGAUAUAUUAAAUUUAUUAAGUUAAAAGUUUUAUGUAUAUAAUGUACAUACAUAUAUAUUGACAAUUUUUAAAGAUUAUAAUAAUACAAAACAUCGACUGUCAAAAUAAAAGUACUCAUUGGAAAGAUGAGUUUUUUUUAAGCCUCCAAUAAAAACUGUGUGCAUCUACACACCUGUAAUGGAGUCUAUACAACUUGGAAAGAAAUAUAUGGAAUGGCAGAUAUUUUUUCAAAAAAUAAUAAAAAAAGAUUAAAAACAAAUCAAUUAAAAUUUUUUUUUGCUAGUAACAGUCUAGUAGUCUUACAGUCAACUACUGAAUAAGUUUUCUCUAAAAUAUU